UAUGAUCUUAUAUACUCUAAAAUGAAACAAAUGUUUUAUAAGUAGCACUUUUACCAGUGAACAUAUGGAUAUGUUCCAAUUUGUUUUCAAUGAGUGAAUAAUUUUCGAAGGCAAUGGACAGACAGAAGAUAAAUCUAGCUUUUAUUCGGUUAGAACAUUUCUUAGAACAAUGUGCGAAACUGAAGAGACCAAAUCCGCCAAGUUUGCCAACACCAGAAAUGGCGAAAAAUAUUCGGGACGAACUUGUAUUUCUUUUAGACAAUGUCCAGGAAAUUACUUGUGACGAUUUGCCAUCUGUACUUGAAGUUGUUACAAACGCCAGAAAGAACGAUAUUCCCGGUAUUCAUAGAUACAGUGAUAAGGCACUAGAAGAAUUCUUGAUAGCAAGAAGUAACUUUAUUAGACGGGCAGAUGUAAAUACUUUUAACGGAUUUGAAUUUCCGCCUACUGUGAAACCAACAUUCAUUAAACCCAAAGAAACUAGUAAAGUAACCGAAUGGCGUCAACAGGGUGAAAGGGAGAGGAUAGAAACAAGGUUGAACAACAACCCAAACAUAACAGACCUCAGCGAUAUGAACAGACCUACCAAGGUGGCUGAAAAGUUCAACAGUUUAUAUGAUAACCAAUGGACAGAUGCAUUUGAAGAUCUGAGAAAACUUUACAAGCAUGAAAUAAACGGUCAAGAAAGAGCCAUUUCAGAAAUGGCCACCAUCUUAAAGAAGGCAUUUGAAUAUACAGCGGAAACUGCAGAAAAACAGACUCGUAAAAUAGCCAUGUCCAUGAAAGAAUUAAUGAUUAGUCCAACUGGUGAUUCAUUUAUUAACAACGAACUUGACAGUCAGCAUAAACAUGUUGAUAUUGACCCGCUUUGUGAGGUUCGUUUCACAAGAUAUGCAAAGCAGUGUAUAAAAGAAAAUGCAGAAUUGAGCCUGCCAGUAUUACAUAAGAAUUUUGAAUGGCAAUUUCGCCGCGAGCGAAUUAGAGAUAUUCUUACAAUUCCAAGUGUAAAAUCCUACAGCCAAAAGUGUUUACAGAUAGCGUGGUUUAUGAACAUUCAAGAUCCACCCAUGACCCUUUUAUGGCCAGCUGAUGUGAAAAGGGGUGAUAUAACAGCAACUUUUAGAUUUUUUACGAGAAGCGGAACGAUCUUACAACAUGAGGUGUGGCCGGCCUUACUGCUGACUAGUGAUGGUCCGAUGAUGACAAAAGGGGUGGCUCAGUUCAAAUAAAAAUGGAUUUAUUUUUGCUGGUAACAUGUCUAUUUUCGUCAGUGAUAUAUGACAGAACAAAAGAAAAUACUAUACAUUCAUAGAUGAAGUCAGUUACUGUCUUGAAAUAUGUGACUGUCAGUGGAUACAGACAAAUCUUACUGCUAACAAAGCCCAUGUUCUUAACAGAGAAGCAGCACAUACCCAUUUUUAUUUUUUUAGACUUAUGCAUAACUGUUAACUUAUAUUGCUUCAAUAGGCCCCCUUUCCUUAAGAAUAGGUCAUUAGAUAUUCUCUACAUUAAAUAAUACGCGGUUUCAAAAUUGCUAAAAAGGUAGUUUUUAAGCUAAUUGUUAUUUAAGUCUGGCAGUAAACGCAUCUGUAUAUCAAUACAUGUAUUAGCUGUUCUCUGCUAUUGACUCUUUUUACAAAAAAUC